AUGAGGGGAGCAACAUUCAGGCCGCUUAUUAUCAUGUCAGCGUGCAGCUCCAGACGCUCAUGGAUGCUUUCCUACCUCGUUCUGCUGGUAAUACUGGUGUCCCAGAGCGAAGGAGGUUGUCAGGAUACGGGACUUUGUUGCUUUGGACAAAACCAGUCAUGUAUUACUGAAGACUGGAGGAAAGAUCGCUCCUAUGGGAAAUGUUACUGCGACCAGGCAUGCAAGACGACAUUGGACUGUUGUCACGACUAUGACCUUGCUUGUCCAGCCGUAUCCUGUGUGGUGAGUGAAUGGAGCGUGUGGUCAGGCUGUCUGGAGCUGUGUAAAGCCACACUUCGCACCAGGUGGAGGCAGGUGAUUCAGGAAGCACAUAAUGGAGGCGAACCCUGUCCCGCUCUACAUCAGACCGCAGGCUGCGCAGAGUACCAUGAUCAACACGGCCCCUGCCUGCAGUCACUGGUCCCAGCUCUCAUCACCACGGGUGGCUAUGGAAAUGCACGGAAAAAGAGGGAGAUUUUUGACAACAACAUCACAAGUUACUGUGUGGAGUUUGAACUGGCGUCCCUGUCGGCGGGUUGUCAACGCAGCUUCAGUCCUCACACACGUUGGAUGCGGUACCUGAAAGAGGGGCAUCAGGUGUGUGUGGAGUGCCAGCCACCAGCACUGGCCCAGGGUCAACGCUACUGCUCCGGGGACGGGGAGAACAUGGGACAGGACAGGAGGCUGUCUCUGCAAUGGCGGGCCGUGGGGAAUUCUCAGUGCAAAGGGGUGUGGAGACGAGUCCGUCGACGAGACUCCUGUUUCUGUCCCACUGUACACAGUUUUCUCUUCAUCUAACAUUUUAACCGGGUCAUGAAACUUAAAAAAAAGUGAUAGAAUAUGCAGAGACCGUUUGGGUAACUCAAAGCAGCUCUAGGCUUGUAAUCCUAAUGAUACAGUUGAUUAAAGUACGUUAUCAAGAACAGGUUCAAUAUUAGUCACAGAUAAUUCACAUUUCCGCAUAAAAGACUCCUUACUAAUGCGUGCGCCCGUUAUAUGCGUUUUAAGAAGUAAUUCUCCAAUGCCUGAAUUAAAAACUGUGAGUGUGAGAUAAGUUUCCAAAAGCAUUUUGGGGCCUUAGGGCUCCUCCAUUUGAAAUCAUGUGUUUAAACUCUAAUAACAACACUAAAUAAUAGGUAAAAUUAAUAAUCUGUAUCAUUUAUUUGAUUUCCAGCCAACCAAGGGGGGAGGGGGAUAUCUCUUCUUCAUACUGCAAAGAAAUCUAAAGAUUUCAGGACAUUUUGACACAUUUUUGGCUCUUUUUCCUAUAUUAGACAAGGAAUUGGCUUUUUCGUCACAUACAGAACAAGUUACAGCUUCAGAGGUACGACAUGCAUUAAACAACAUAACACACGUACAGAAACAACGGCAUAGAAAGUCAACAGGUAGAAAGAUUACAAAACAAACAGCCUUUAGACCUACAAACAACAUUGUAGAAGAUUUAGGGGAGGGAGGGAUUGUAAACAGUGCUCUCUUUUUUUUUUAAAGUUCCCUGGAAAUUCUAUGUGGAUGCUUACAGUAAUUUCUUUUCAUCGUGAAAUGCUUCCUAAACUUCAAACUACUGGUUACCACUGUUAUUGUACAAUUUCAUUAGAAAACAACAAAAAUCAAAUAAAAGAAAAAUGUUACUUAUUUG